UGUGACUCUGGCGCUUUAAGAACCAGUCUUUCCAGCAGCAGCGCUGGAGAACAGGAGCAGCUUGGAGGAGCCAGAGACUGCAGCACAUCCUCAGCUGCUGUUAGCCCACCUGACAGCACACAGAGCGGCGGACAGCCAGCACCGGCCAGCUUCCCGGUUCACAUCACAACAAACCGCGUCCUGGAGGGGAAUGGGGGGCCACCUAGCCCGCUAGCUAACCGACUACAUUUCCUAGAAGCGGAAGGUGCACGGUCGGCGGUCCACCAAGAUGGUAUCCUGGAUUAUUUCGAGGAUAGUUGUCCUUGCCUUUGGGACACUCUACCCAGCAUACUCCUCAUACAAGGCUGUAAAAACGAAGAAUGUGAAAGAAUAUGUGAAGUGGAUGAUGUACUGGAUAGUAUUUGCAUUGUUCACCACAGCAGAGACAGCCACAGACCUGCUCCUAUCAUGGUUUCCAUUUUACUUUGAGCUAAAGAUUGCCUUUGUGAUCUGGCUCCUGUCCCCAUACACCAAGGGCUCCAGUGUCCUCUACCGCAAGUUUGUCCACCCAACCCUCUCCAACAAAGAGAAGGAGAUAGAUGAGUACAUAGCACAGGCCAAAGACAGGAGUUAUGACACCAUGAUGAGGUUUGGAAAGAGGGGUCUCAACCUGGCUGCUAAUGCUGCUGUCACUGCAGCCACCAAGGGGCAGGGUGUUCUGUCAGACAAGCUGCGGAGUUUCAGCAUGCAGGACCUGACUCUCAUCAAUACUGAGGAUGAUCUGGCUCUGCACACUUCAGCCGCCCGCAUGAGACGAGACACCAUGGACGACAUGAGUUCAGGGGCCAGCACUCUGCCCCGGGCCAAGAGCACUACUGCACGACAGACCCGCUCAUUGGCAGCAUCCCUUGCUGAUGAAACGUCAUCCCAACACAGCUCUGACCAAUCAGACACAAGGACUGAACACUCUGAUGAUGAUGUUGGAGACAAAGCCCCCAAACGUGGAGCCAGUGUCAAGGCAACCAAGAAACCUGCUACUGCUAAGACAGAGACUCAGACUAAGACGGUGAAGAAGCCGACAAAGAAAAAGACCACGGCCACUAAUGCAGAGACGCCACCAUGAGUCCUGCUGUCCUCAUCCACCGGCCUCCACUCUCUCACCCACAGCCUGCAGGCUCUUCUUCCUCUGUUUGGUCUCCACACAAACACAUAUACACUUGAUGUGUGCAUAUAUAUAUAUAUAUAUAUAUAUAUAUAUAUAUAUAUGUAUAUCUCAGUCACAGAAAUUACAUCACUCUUGCUGGUUUUUAGAGCAAAGUGCAGAUUUAGUUUAUAGCCAUAUGUGGCCAUCUCUUUUACAUUUACUGGGUUGUUGCAUAUUUUGUCUCACUCAGAUUUAACAAUUUGGAUUUUUCUCUUUUUUUUUUUUUUUUUUUUUUAAGUCUGAAGAUGGUUAGUAAUUUUAUCAUUAAUGCUUCCUCUUCCUUUUAACCCAUAAGCAUAUAUGUAGGUCCCCAUAAUAGUUGAUAACAGUCUUGAUUGAGACUGUUUUUGUUGAAGUAUUUCGGGUAAAAUAUUACACUCUUCACUCCUAGUUCCCCAGAUUUGUGUCCCUGGUUUAUCCUCUUGACAGGGCAAUGAUAGUAGAAAUCCUCACAGACAUAAGCAAAACAACUGGCUCCUGAGUUUUUACCAAGGGGUAAGACAGGUUUUGGAUAAACUUUGAGGCCUGCACUGACUGAUAGUAGACAUCAUUCCCACUCUCGACUACAGUUCAGCUCAUAACAGCUGUCAAAUCAGCAACCGUCUAGUUUUACAUCUUCAUUUGUGAUUAAAUGUGUCUUGGUUUUCUUUUUUUUUCCCCUUUUCAAUUUUAACCUCUGACUGCAUUUUAGGCCUCACAGCUUGUGGAAGAGUUUAAAGUUGGGCUUCCCCUCAUUAAGUCUGUAUACCUCUGAGUGAGUCUGGCUCUGCUACGUUCAGGUCUCACUUACGGCAACUUUCUUCCUCACUGCUUUAAUGUGGCUGUCCAGUCACGUACAGUGCUGGUGGUGGAGUGGUUUGUUUAGUGUUGGCUUACUUAUCCUUCAUUGAGACAUCACUCUCUUAGCUUGUAUUUAUCUGAGGUCAUUUAUUUAUUUAUUACUAAGUUAUGUUCAGCUCUGUUGGUCAGGUAAUAUGAGGAAUAAAUCUGAUCAGUUGUGCAUAACCAGGCCUCUUAAGGUGAUGCUGUAACUGCGUGAUGAUUGUGCUCUCCCUCCCAAUAAAUACAGUAGACAUAGAUGAGUUGCCAGUGUUUUUGAGGUAACAUAUCUGCUUUCAGUGACGUCUGUAUAUUGUUUGUGUUCCAUAUUAGAAAAGUCAUGGAGUAGCUCUGCACUUUCUCACUAAUUUUACUUUGCCUCAUUAUAAAAGCAGGAUGAAGUAAAGCAAUAUGGAAAUAAUUCAACCAAAACCAACAUCAGGA